AUGAACAAGGUCUGGGGCAUGCUGCCGCUGGAGGACCAGGUGCAGGCGCCCAUCGUCAAGGCGAUGAAAGUCCUGAAGACGCUGGUCGACUCUCCCGUCGAGUGGAUUAGAGAGAACGUCGUAGAGAAGUACCGCGGCCCUCCCUACCCGUACUACCACCGAAAGUUCAAGCGUGUGCCUACCAUUGAUCAGUGCUACAACGACGACAUGGGCUGCUUUCACGAGGCCAAUGAGCAGUACAAACGUGACCGACAAGUCGACUUUGAAAUCAUCAAAAUCCUGAAGCAACGCUACUUUCGGUGCUCCUACUUUGAGCGAAGCAUCAACGAGUGGUACGACCUGGACAAAAUCUGCCUGAAGGAGAAAGACGAUCUGAAGCAGGCAGAGUUGAACCUGUUCAUCAAAUGUAAGUGUCAUCACCUUUAG